AUGGAGAACAGCAUACUCUGUUAUAAAAGCAUUCGCGUCCGGACCGGAUGCCUUACAUGCCGGAAACGACGAGUGAAAUGUGACGAACACAAGCCGACUUGCAAAAGAUGCAUCAAAGCGAAUGUCGUUUGCGAUGGCUACCAGAAGAAGAGAACCAUUCCAUCUCCUAAGCCGGCGAUCAGGACACCACAACAUACAGAAACAGAAACAGAGACAGAGACAGAAAUCAUCUCAGUUUCUGGCGUCGAAUUCACGUCUUCAUCUUCACCAGAGUCUGCCAGAUAUAUACAGUCUCCGCGAUUAUCUCUUUCAACACCCAUAUCAUCAUCUCCAAGGCCAAAACACCGCUCUGAGCUUGCCUUCUAUCACCACUUCGUGACAAAUGCAGCACCGCGUCUCUUUGACCUCGAUUACAUCACCUUUUGGCGGGACCACGUCGGUAGCAUGGCAUGGGAAAAUGACGUGGUCUUUGAAGCUGUAUUGGCUCUUGGAGGAAUCCAUCAAGCCUACCUUCUCUCAUCUUCGGAACUGACGGCUGAAAGCAUGAUGCAAUCCAGAGUCUCUGGGCUGCGGUCAUAUGGGGAAGCACUACAUCUAAUGGAGUCAUACACGAAGAAAGAAGGCUCCACUGAUAUGCAACCAGCCCUUGUGGCCGUUGUGUUGUUGGCAUACUGUGAGUGUUUGAUGAAUCAUAUCAAACCCGCCCUGUUACAUCUAAAGGCAGCUGGGCAAUUUUUAAAAGGAAGCAUGACGCCAGAUUUGUCUUCGUACCAUGCCAACGAUGGGGCAUUGCAUGCUACAAUUGCAAGAUUGGACUUUCUUGCCCAGAGUAUUGUGCCAUAUUCACAGCCGUCUCUCUGGAAAGACUCGCCCGAUAAUUAUACUUAUAUGGAAACGCCUUCAUCAUUCCCAAAAGAACCUGUUCACCGCUCAAUCUCCGGCGAACGAGUGGAACUGAUCCAGAUCAUCUCCAAAUUUAACCAUCUUGACAACAUUAUCUGGGGCCCAUGGUCUAACAAAUCUUCGCGCCCAAGCCCCGAAACUCUCUCUCGAUUCCAGAUGGAUUUGCUGCAUUGGAGAGCCAACUCACCCUUGACAUUUGAGAGCUGUUCCGAAUCUUUGGCAAUUCUGCCAGACUCCAACGAAUCUUUGGACCAGCUUCCCAUCCCUCCAGAACCUCUCUUCUUCCAAUGCAACCCGGCUGCUCUCACUGUGGCACUUUACAAUAAUUACAUGGCGUGCAGCUUUUCCAUGCUUUCAAAUGGUCAUGACCUUGAUCGCAAUGCACUUUGUGCUUUCCACUUUGUCUACCAAAAUCUGCGCAUCGCAGAAGGAUUAUCUAUUGCGACAAUGGAAGACAACGAAAAUAUUGACAUAAACAUUUCGCUUCUUCUGUAUCUUGGCUUUCGCCGCUGCUAUUCCAGAGCGUGGCAGAAGUGGACAAUUCAGAAGCUUCGUCAAUGUGGACAACAAGGUCUUCUUGACGGCAGUGCCUUUGCAAACACGCUUGAAAACAUAUAUCAUCUGCAAUUACGAGCUGACCUUCGGUCUAACUGCAUUCUUGAACCAUCCUACGAUGUCACUGGUCUUUUGAGUGCAAGAAUUCUUCCGUUACUCCAGCCAAAGGAUGAGAGUGAUAGAUUGGUGGCCUACUACCUAAGACCAAUUGAUGUCGAUGCGGUGAACGCUUCUGAUUGGAUCCAAUCAUUGGAAGCGCCAUCACCAGUCUAG